AUGCUUAUUCCAGGUCCUGAGGGUCCCGGAGAUGCAAUUGAUAUCUAUCUUCAACCUUUAGUAGAAGAAUUAAGAGAGUUAUGGGAAACUGGCAUUGAUACAUUUGAUGCAUAUGCACAACAGAAUUUCAAGUUACAUGCAGUUUUACUAUGGACUAUCAAUGAUUUCCCUGCAUAUGCGAACUUAUCAGGUUGGAGUACUAAGGGAAAGUUGGCUUGUCCUUGUUGUAAUAAGGACACCUGUUGGAUGAGGUUGGCUAAUGGAGGCAAGCAAUGUUAUAUGGGUCGUCGACGAUAUCUUCCUCUUAAUCACAAAUGGAGAAAUGAUAACGAAUCUUUUGAUGGCAUAAGGGAGCGAGGGUUACCACCCAAGCCACUUUCAGGAGAUGAUAUACUUGAUCAAGUGAAAAAUCUUGAAGGGGUCAUAUUAACUAAGGCUCCUCAUAUGAAGAAAGCAAUCUCACAUGAUGGUAGGGGGGACAAUUGGAAUAAAAAGAGUAUAUUCUUUGACCUUUCAUAUUGGAGGACCUUAUUGCUACGUCACAACUUAGAUGUCAUGCACAUUGAAAAGAAUAUAUGCGAUAAUAUACUAGGGACAAUCAUGAACAUAAAGGGAAAAACUAAAGAUGGCAUCAAAACUCGCCUUGACUUGCAAGCAUUAAAUAUAAGGCCAGAGUUACACCCAGUACAACAGGGGAAUAAAGUUAUGAUACCUCCAACAUUGUAUAGUUUAUCUACUUCUGAAAAAUACAGGCUUUGCCAAUUCUUGAAGCAGUUAAAAGUUCCAGAUGGAUUUUCAUCCAAUAUUUCUCUUUGUGUAAACAUGAAAGAGAGUAAAAUCUCAGGAUUAAAGAGUCAUGAUUGUCACGUUCUUCUAUUACAUAUACUUCCUCUUGCAAUACGUGGUUUACUUCCUAAAGUAGUAUAUGAACCACUUGUUGAGCUGUCAUUGUUCUUCACUCAUUUAGGAGCAAAGUCAUUAAAGGUAGAUGUAUUGGAGCAAUUAGAAAAGCAAAUUCCUAUAACUCUUUGCAAGCUAGAAAGGAUCUUUCCACCUUCAUUCUUUGACAUUAUGGUGCAUUUGCCUAUGCAUUUGGCUAAUGAAGCUAAAAUUGGUGGACCAGUACAAUAUCGUUGGAUGUACCCAAUAGAACGAGCAUUAUAUUCAUUUAAGUCAUGUAUUCGUAAUAGAGCUUGUGUAGAGGGUUCAAUUGCAGAGGCAAACAUUGCAAAUGAGUGCAUGACUCUUUGCUCAAGGUACUUGCAUGGCAUUGAGACAAAGUUCAAUCGAAUGGAGCGCAACUAUGAUGCUGGCAGUAAUAAAAAUAAAGGAGGCUUAUCAAUUUUCUCCAAAGUAGGACGGGGAUUAGGUGCUAGUAAAACUCGUGAUCUUGAUACACAGGAGUGGGAGCAAGCUCAUAUUUAUGUAUUAAAGAAUUGUGAUGAAGUCCAACCAUACAUCGAAGAGUGUUCACAAUUGCCAGCAACCAAUUUAGUAGGUAUGUCAGAAGGUCAAUGGAAUAAAAAUUUUGUUAGAUGGUUUAAGACGAAAGUUGCGUGGUUGCAUAAAAAUGACUCAAGUCCAAUGAUGGGAGCCCUACUCUCAUUAUCACGCGGUCCUGCUCGAUAUGUGACAUCUUUUUAUGGUUACAUUGUCAAUGGGUAUAGGUUUCAUACUAAAUAUCAUGACCAAGGUUUGAGGACACAAAAUAGUGGAGUUGUUGUAAUUGGAGAUAUUGGUGAUGAAGUUAACAACAUAGAUUACUACGGUGUCUUAACUGAGAUUAUUCAAUUGCAAUAUCUUGGAGGAAGAAGUGUGGAGUUAUUUCGUUGUAAGUGGUGGGAUGUGUAUGAUCGAGUGAGGGUGGGUAAGAUUGAUGAAUAG